AUGUGGACGAAAGAAUGGAAAACAUUAUUACUCAGACAGUGGCGAAGUCAACGAAAUUUACAUACCAGAAUUAUCUCCGAGAUAAUGCCAACUAAAGAAAGUACAUUACCAACACAACCGAAAGUUAUACUCAAAGCUGUCUCACCUUUACCAACUUACAUUCAAGCUUGGAUUCAUGAUUUUGAGACAAAUACACCAUUAGGAAUAAUAAAUUUGGAUCGAAAAAUUUUUGGAUCACCAAUUAGAAAAGAUUUAUUACAAAGAGUAAUUGUAUGGCAACGCGAUUGUUUAAGACAGGGAACGCAUUCUUCUAAGAACAGAAGUGAGGUAAGAGGAACUACUAGAAAAUGGGCAGCACAAAAAGGAAGAGGAAAAGCUAGAGUUGGAACCCAUCGAGCACCUCAAUUUAGAGGUGGUGGCGUUGCUCAUGGACCCAAACCGCGUUCGCAUGCUACCGAUUUACCGAGAAAAGUACAACUUUUUGGUUUACGAUCAGCACUUGCAACAAAAUUUGCACAAAAUCAACUUGUGAUUGUCGACAAUUUGAAGUUAAAAACACAUAAAACACGUGAUUUAUUGUCCAUAUUGGCGGGUAACGCAUGGGAUCCUCUUUCCGCAGAUAGAAAACAGGGACAUUCAGUCUUGUUUUUGACUCAGAGACAUAUGAUGAAAUUAGAUCUUGCAUCAAGAAAUUUGCAAAGAGUCCAUGCUUUAACGGCAGAUGAAAUUUUUGAGGCUGGUGAUGUUUACAAUAUUAUGGGACAUGAAAUACUUAUGAUCGAUCAUGAUACUUUGCGACUAUUAGAAGAAUUACUAAGACCUAAUUAG